GUUGCUUGUAGUUCAACAACAGACACACAUUAGACACAUUAGUUCCAUAUCUUGGUUUGAACAAGAGACAAUGAAGGGCGGAACCCCGCGGUAAUAUAAUUGUUUUUUCUAUAUUUCAGUAUCACUCAGAACCUCUCCGAGGCGUGUUAUCAGGGAAUAAUUUAGCUCCUAGUUACUUAGCAGUGUGUUAGCCUUGUAAGCAUUGCCCCAGAAGCUGCAUCCCGGUGUUGUGAGGGUAAUAACAAAGGAUUCAGAUGUGGGUCAACAAGCAAGGUCCAGUAUUCAUAUAUGGUAAAGUAAACAUGGCAACUGAGGGGAGGGUUUCUAAAAACAGCACACGCUGAUGAGAGGUCUGCACAGAGGGGCACAUGAUCUACCACAGCAAUGGAGGAGGCCUGAUUUCACCACUGCACCCACAGCCACCGGGAGACUAAAUAACUGGAUAAUACAGACAUAAUUACUCGCGUUACUUUAUUUUCCUUGUGUGUUUUUCAUCUCCUCUUCCAACCAUGGACAGUUUGGAGAAGCAGCUCAUCUGUCCUAUUUGCUUGGAAAUAUUUACGAAACCAGUAGUGAUUCUUCCAUGUCAACACAACCUCUGCCGGAAAUGUGCAAAUGACAUAUUUCAGGCCUCUAACCCAUACCUACCCACCAGAGGAGGAACAGUGUCUUCAGGUGGCCGUUUUAGAUGUCCCUCCUGCAGACACGAGGUUGUGCUGGAUCGACAUGGAGUUUACGGACUGCAGAGGAAUCUCUUAGUGGAAAACAUCAUUGACAUGUACAAACAGGAGUCGACCAGCAGCAAACCUGCUCCACAGAGGACCGAUGAUCAGCCCAUGUGUGAGGUGCAUGAAGAUGAGAAGAUAAACAUCUACUGUGUGACGUGUGCCAAACCUACAUGCUCCCUAUGCAAGGUGUUUGGUGAGCACAAGGACUGUGAAGUGGCCCCUCUCAAAAGUGUGUAUCAGACUCAAAAGACAGAGCUGUCGGAUGGAAUAGCCAUGAUGGUGGGCAACAAUGACAGGAUCCAGGGCAUCAUCAGUCAGCUGGAGGAGACCUGCCGGGCUAUAGAGGAAAACGGCAGGAGGCAAAAAUCGCAGGUGUGUGAGAAGUUUGACCAUUUGUACGCCGUCCUGGAGGACAGAAAGAUGGAGAUGGGUCUAAAAGUGACGGCCGAGCAGGAGGAGAAGCUGAAUUACAUCCGUGGACUCAAGAGGAAAUAUGAGGAUCACCUUGAAACUAUGACCAAGAUGGUGGAGUCAGGGAUCCAAACUAUGGAGGAACCGGAGAUGGCGCUUUUCCUACAGACUGCCAAGCCUUUGUUACAAAAGAUUGGUGAGGCCUCUAAAGAGGCUCCGUUGGAGAAAGUGGAGCGUGGGUAUGAGAACAUGGAUCACUACACAGUGAACUUUAGAAAAGAGUCCAGGGCCCUUCGCACUAUAGACUUCAUCAGAGAUGAGGAGGAGGAAGAGGAGGAAGAUGAUGGGGCUGGAGCAGAGGAAGAAGGUCGCACAGAAACGGUUGCUUCAGGUGGAGCCAACAUAGAGGAUCUCCCUCCUCUAAUUGCCCCUACCCCACUGCCCCAGCCUAAUCCAAACACAGUCAAAAACACCAGCUCAUCUUAGCUCUGAAUCAACAGCUCUCAUAUAAAAAAAACACAAAAAAAUCCAUGCACAUUGUUGCUGUUGUAACAAAACCACAAAAUGGAAAUGGAAAAUGUUCUGUAGCGUAAAUUAUUGUAAUGAAUUUGUACUCCUAGUUAUUCUGGACCAUUUCUACAGGUCUGUUUCUCCUGACAUGUCUAGCACACGUCUAGCUGGUGUUUUCAAAUCCUGUAAAGUUGUGUUGUAAAGUUGUAAAGUUUUGAUAUGACAGUGAUGAUAUGCAUAUAAACUCACCUAAUGUAAUUUUCUGUACACAACUGUAAAGAAUCCAGAGAUCUGUGUUGGUAGGACUUGGGACUUAUACAGGGAAAGCUCAACACAAACAGCCAGAUUCCCUUCUGCAUUGCUUUUUUUUUUCCUUAGCAGCUGAUUUAGAGAUGUCACACAGUGAAUGAAUGGCUAAAUAUAAACACGGACGUUUUUGGAAA